CUCUUCUCAUCUCCGCUAUGCUCUUCUCUCAGAAACUUGGCCCUGCUAAUACACUGCAUGCUGUCGUUAGAGAUGUCAAAAAGGGGAACCUUCCUCCGGAUUAUCAGAUCACCUUGAUUGAUAUUGGUCUGGUGCUGGAGUACCUCAUGGGGGGAGCAUACAGGAGUAAUUACACCAGGAAGGCUUUCCGUAACCUCUACAAUAAUUUGUAUGGACUAAAAAGGCCAAAAGCUCUGAAGCUUCUAGGAAUGGAGGAUGAUGAACCAAGGCCAAAAGGCAAGAAGAAGGCAAAAAAGAAGAAAGAAGAAGAAGUGGAGAUUGAUGUGGAUGAUCCCGAGGUCUGUCGAUUCAAGUACCCCUUCCAUGAGCUGAUGCUGUGGGCAGUACUGAUGAAGCGCCAGAAGAUGGCGCUGUUCCUCUGGCAGCGUGGAGAAGAAGCUAUGGCGAAGGCCCUGGUGGCCUGUAAGCUGUAUAAAGCUAUGGCCCAUGAGUGCUCUGAGAGUGAACUGGUGGAAGACAUCUCCCAGGACCUGGAGAACAACUCCAAAGAAUUUGGCCAGUUGGCCUACGAGCUGUUGGACCAGUCCUACAAGCAUGAUGAACAAGUGGCCAUGAAGCUAUUAACGUAUGAGUUGGUUAACUGGAGUAACUCCACCUGUCUGAAGCUGGCUGUGGCUGCUAAGCAACGUGACUUUAUCGCUCACACCUGCAGUCAGAUGCUGCUCACCGACAUGUGGAUGGGUCGUUUAAGGAUCGGAAAGAACCCUGGACUCAAGGUUAUUCUGGGAAUUAUCUGUCCUCCUCUGAUUCUACUGUUGGAUUUCCGUCUUGGAGAUGACACCUCCUAUCGUGCACCUGAAAGCAAAGAGGAGGGAAGAGACAAGGAUGAUGACACAAAAUCUGGCAAGGAACCUAAUACAGAUGCAACAUCUCGAAAAGGGGAUGAAGAGGAGGGCAGCACUAAUGUCCACAAAGUCCCUAUUGGCAAAAAGUUCUUUGAGUUUUAUGAUGCACCUUUUACCAAAUUCUGGUUCAACACCAUUUCCUAUCUGGGCUAUUUGAUGUUGUAUAACUACAUAAUCCUGGUGAAAAUGGAGCGAUGGCCAUCUAUACAAGAGUGGACAGUCAUUGCAUACAUCCUCACACUUGGCACUGAAAAAGUCAGACAGAUUCUGAUGUCAGAGCCGGGGAAGCUGAAACAGAAGAUAAGUGUCUGGCUGGAGGAAUACUGGAACAUCACAGACAUGUUUGCCAUUUCCGCCUUCCUCCUUGGGCUCCUGCUACGGCUGCAGCAUGAGCCUUAUAUGGCUUAUGGCAGAGUCAUCUACUGUAUAGACAUCAUCUUCUGGUAUAUUCGUGUCUUGGACAUCUUUGGAGUCAACAAAUACCUGGGACCCUAUGUGAUGAUGAUAGGAAAGAUGAUGAUUGACAUGAUGUAUUUUGUAGUGAUCAUGCUGGUGGUCCUCAUGAGCUUUGGGGUGGCUCGGCAAGCCAUCCUUCACCCUGAUGAGGAGCCAACCUGGCGUCUGGCUAGAAACAUUUUCUACAUGCCCUACUUGAUGAUCUAUGGAGAGGUUUUUGUAGACUCGAUAGACCGUAAGACUAGAAUUCAUAGUAAGAUUCUGUUUCCUGAUUCUGGGCAGAUGAUCAGUGUUACAUUAAUAUCUCUGUCUUAAAUUUCAUGAUGUUUAGUAAAAA